GAGGGGAAACGGCAGGCAGGAAUGUGGGACGUGGCAAGGGCAGUAGAGAGGAAGGGAGGGCGAUGGAGAGUAUGAGAAAGAGGGACCGUGGGGCAAAGGAGAGUGGGAAAAGGGCGAAGGGCACCCAGAUUAUACAACGUGACGUACAACCUACGCCAGCACAGCCCUCCCCAGCUCUACCUCCCCCAAUAGAGGGCCCUCUUGGUCUGUGCAUUGUUCUGGCGCUCCCUGCUCUAGAUUUGGUUCUAGGGAAGGGAGGGAAGGUUGAGGAGGAACCUGGGAGAAGUGCAGAUGAGGAACGGGUAGGGGUUCGUGAUGGCGAGAAUCUGGAUGGAUCAGCGGUGGAAGAGGCGCCAGAGUGCGGCUGUAGGGAACAGGGGGAGAAAGGGGAGGAGAGAGAGGAGGAGAAAGUGGAGGAAAAAGAGGAGGAGAAAGAGGAGGAGAAAUUGCAGGAAAGAGAAGAGGAGAGAGAGGAGGAGAUAGAGGAGAGAGAAGAGGAGAGAGAAGAGGAGAGAGAGGAGGAGAAAGAGGAGGAGAAAGAGGAGGAGAGAGGAGAGGAGAAAGAGGAGGGGGAAAAAAAGGGAGCUGACGUUGAAGAAACGGGAAUGGACGAGAGCGAUAAGGCAGCAGUGGGGGAGGGGAGAGAUGGCAGCGAGGAUGUGGUUGAGCACGGUUCCCUGCGGUCAUAUUCACCUGUUGAAGUGGUGCCAGGAGAGGUAGAGGUGGACACGGACGGAGAGGUCAACGCACAGGCAGGGGAGAGGGCAGCUAGUACUGGGGUGAAGGAGAGACUUAGGUUGCGAGAAGCGAGACCAGAGGCAGCAGUAUCAGGUGAAGCAGCCGCAGAAGAAGGAGCAGAAGCGGCAGAAGGGGCAGGUAGAGAGGCAGAUGUGGUGGAGGUAGAAACAGAGCCACCUAGUACUCGGGUCCAGGAACUUGGAUUGCGAGGAGUCACAGAGGCAGCGGAAGCAUCAGCAUCAGAAGCAGCAGAGCAGCAGAAGCAGAAGCAGCAGAAGCAGAAGCAGCAGAAGCAGAAGCAGAAGCAGCAGACCCAGAAGCAGCAGAAGCAGAAGCAGAAGCAGCAGACUCAGAAGCAGCAGAAGCAGAAGCAGAAGCAGCAGAAGCAGCAGAAGGGGCUGGUGGGGAAGCAGACGUGGUGGAAGUAGGCUCGGCAACAGAGGAAACUGGGUUGAAGGAAGUUGGGGGGAUGGCAGCAACAGAGGAAGAGGUGCAGGAAGUGGAAAUGGAACCACACAGACCAAAACCAGCAGGAACUCGGACGGGGGAACUUGCGUUUGAAGCACUAGGAACAGAGGCAGCAGAAGCAGAAUCAGAAGCAGAAGCAGAAGCAGCAGCAGCAGCAGCAGAAGCAGAAGCAGAAGCAGAAACAGCAGCAGCAGCAGAAGCAGCAGCAGAAGCAGCAGAAGCAGCAGGUGGGGACGAUGCCGGUGGCGUGGUAGUAGAGAGAGCGAGGAAGAGGAGGAGAGUGCGGCCCAUGAUGAGACGAGU